GAAUGAAAGAAGCACAAAAGUGUGGAUAUCAAUCACCAUCAUGUCUAGCUGUACAUGGCUGAUCUGCCUUCCUGUUUGGCUUUCAUCUUUGCUAAUUCUAAUUGUGGCAGUGGACGCAGCAACAUCCCUAGGCGACGAAAUUGCCGAGAUUCAAAGUGAGACUCGUGUUGUGGGAUUGGCAGGUUGGAGUGUUGCCGGGAAUGGAUCUUUGUGUUCCUAUGGGGCUGCUGGAGAAAGAAUUCUGGGGUCCAAGGAGAAACUCAAAGUAAGAGGGGAUAUGCGCUUUCAUGUUGGUUCCGUCACCAAGAGCAUGACAUCUACCUUGCUGGCAAUUCUUAUCGAAGAUGGAAUGAUUGAGUCAUGGGGAUCGAAACUCGGUCAUCUGAUUCCCUCCGAGGCUUCAGGAACUCCGUACGAGGAUGUCACUCUGAGACAACUCGUAAGCCAUCAAGCAGGAAUCCCCAGGGAUGUUCCACUCUUGAGUUGUUUCCUCUACGCCAUCAACCCAAGCAAGGAUCCCCGAAAAGACAGAACAAAAACAACCAAGAAUGCAUUGAAAUCGACCCCUGUCAAUGCACCGGGAACAGAAUGGUCCUAUUCCAAUUGGGGAUACAUUAUUGCUGGACACAUUGUGGAGGAAGUCACUGGAAUGACGUGGGAGGCUGCGUUGGCAUCAUUUCUUUUUGAACCGCUUGGUAUCCGAUUGGAUCCUGACCCAAUAUCCAAAAUGACAGGAGCCCCCAACAGCAACGACGAUCCCUGGGGGCAUUAUCAGUACUUUGGUGUUCUCAGUACCGUACCUUGCAACCCCGACCAACCAUUGUAUCCCUUUUAUCCCUUUACUGCAUGUGACAAUCCAACUGUUUAUUCUGCCCCUGGAAGAUUUUCAGGCCCUCAAGCAGCUAUGGCCCGAUAUCUGGCGUUUCAUUUGAGCUGUCACAGGGGAGAACACUCCGGGCUACUGCUUUCACAAGCAUCCUGCCAAACUCUUCACUCACCUGCCAAUGCUUCUGUUGCUGAUUACUAUGGAUACGGGUGGUUCAUUAAUAACGAUCGAGGUGAAGUGGUCUAUCAUGGUGGCUCCAACACAAUAAACUUCUACAGAGUCUGGCUUGAUUUGGAUGGGAACCGUGCCUAUGCAGCCAUGACCAAUCAAGCACCCACUGAGUCAGCCGCUGUUGCUCUCAACCAAACAGUGGAAACGAUGAUAGCAUUGGGAGAAAAUCAGGAAGACUGCUCUGCCCGUAUCCCGUCCUCUGUGUACAUUGUACACUAAACAGCACAAUUAAUUAUUGUGGAUUUGGCUAUCUCUGUACUUGACGUCGCCGUGACGCAGCCCCAGUUGAGACGCAUGUGGCCGCACUUAUCAACAGGCGAAGUGAUGCUGUGUUCGCUGACCCGAAACGGCGGCUUUUAUCAACAGGCGAAGAGAUGCUGUUUCACUGACCCGAAACGGCGGCUUCUGUUCGUGUGCUUUAGCCAGGUUCUUGAUGGCACGGAAUUACCGUUUGAGACAACGACAUGUUGAGCAAUAUCUGGACAACUUACAAAGCAGUCCUCGAUCGUGGCAGCACGUGAGCUCAGUGGAACUUGAUGAAGUCCCAAUGCUUCCCGCCGCCUUUUGGAGAACUGUACGGUUUAGUUCAUGGACGGUCCCACGAAGUAACAAUCUAGUACCAGGUUGAAAGGAACAAUCGUACUGGGCUAUGUAGGUGAGUUAUUGAUGCAGCAUCCCCUCUGCUGCUGGCUAGCACAAGCAAUCACAUCCACAGAGGUUGGGUGUGCACUCAAAUGUCAAAGAACAGUUGCGAGGUGUGGGCCACCACCAAAAUUCAAAGGAGCAGGUUGGAUCUUGCAGGAAGCAAAGCUCCUCUGGAAUCUCCCCCAACAAGCCAGGAGACUUGUCCAUCUCAAUAAUGCUCAGGUUAAAGUUGGUAGCCAAGUUUGCAAGUUCGAAGGUUGGUAAAGACCCGGUCAGCAAUGGCAGGUGAGAGAGAUCGAGCUCUACUAGAUCAGGGAGAGAGUGGCUGCCAUUGAGCUGGGUGGGUAUUCCUUGACCAGAGAAGAGAUUGUCCCCUAAUUGAAGCACCACAAGCUUGGUCCAAGAGGUCCAAAUCUCUGAUGGGAUUGUUCCUGUGAGCAUGUUGUGCUGAACAUUGAAUUCAUCCAUGUUGGCCAAUCCUGGAGCCAGCAACUCAUUUGGUAGUGAUCCUGUGAGUUGAUUGCAGCAAACCUUGAAGGUUAAGAUAACAGUUGCUCCAAGCUCAGAGGGAAUUCUUCCAGUCAGCUUGUUUCCAGCCAGUUCCACCAGAUAUAAUCGUGUCAGCAGCCCAAGCUCACCUUUUAGAAAGCAGCAAAAAAAAAGAGUUAGUUGUAUCUUUCACAAAAACCACUGUUGCGUUGCUUGUGUGUCACACUUACUUGGAAUUUGACCUGUCAAUGCAUUCUUCCUUAGGCCAAUCUCUAGCAAGGAUGUCAUUUGGAACAACUGUGUUGGGAGAAUUUCCAUGAUGUUGCCAUGAAUUUCGUUUUCAUACAAGUGCAAAUAGAGGAGUCCAGUCAACAUGGAAAUUUCAGGUGGAAUAUGGAUGGGUUGAAUGGCUGACAAUGACAAGUCCACAUUGCCCAGUGCCAAAUCCACAAAUUCACCUGUACUGGAACAAGAAUCCAUGCUGGUGAAUUCAGUUAUUCCCUGCUGGAAACUGCCAUCAUCAGUAAAGGUACCAUAAUUAUUGGAGAACCAGUUGCAUUCAUGUCUUUGAUCAUCCAAC